AUGGGGCGCUUUGUGCGAUUCGUGCCGACUCUGUUGCUGCACGUGAACCUACUGCUGAUGUUAUUCGCUGGCGCAAUCCUGUCGGUGGCUGCACGGCUGAAGUGGGACCCGAGCGCGUACAUCGCCGCACGCGAGCUGUUCCCGCUGGAGUACCGCUGGGCGACGGCCGUGCUGCCGGUCGCCGGCGCCGCGCUCGUGCUGCUCGCGCACCUCGCGCUCGCCGCGCUCCGCUGCCGACGCGUCGGCUCACGGCGCGUACUGCUCAUAUUGGUCGGUGGACAUAUUAUAAAGCACAAAUGUGUGCUCACACACAAGUUCACUCUCUAUUCCUUUUAC